GAGAGAGAGAGAGAGAGAGAGAGAAUCACCGUGCGACGAGGCUCAUCGUCCAUCUCGUGUAUCCUACUUCCGAUCUUCCGAUCUUCCAUUUUUCUGGUUCUUCUUCUCACGACCGAAGUUUAAUCUUCUCCAAAUUCCUCGUCGCCGGAUUCUCCCAAUUUCUCUUUCGAUUUUUCGCGCUCGCGGUUGUUGGAUUCACCUAGGUGCACUGAUUCUCGUUCCUAUCAUCUCCAAUUCAGAGCUCUCUUCGUCAUUUAAUCAGCUUUCGAGGCUCAUCCAAUCGAGUCUCGAAUUUUUCCCCCCAGUGGGUUUGAAGUUUCUGAAUUUCGGAAUUCUAUCUGGGAGCGGUUGCGGCUCGGUUAGUGUAGACUGUAGAGAUUAGGAUUCGUGUUAUUGGAAGGCUUGGGGGAUGGCUGGAAGAUGGUGAUGCAGAACCAUGAGUAGCAGUGAGAUGGAGAAACCACCUAAAGACAAGGAGACGAAGACAACGCCUCCUACUACCCAGGAGCAGACUUCAACCACAAGCGCUGGCACAGUUAAUCCUGACUGGUCAGGUUUUCAGGCAUAUUCUCCUAUUCCUCCGCAUGGUUUCUUGGCAUCAAGCCCCCAAGCCCCCCACCCAUAUAUGUGGGGAGUGCAGCACAUUAUGCCACCUUAUGGCACGCCUCCACAUCCAUAUGUUGCAAUGUAUCCACCUGGCGGCAUAUAUGCUCAUCCUUCCAUCCCCCCGGGAUCGUAUCCUUUUAGCCCAUUUGCUAUGCCUUCUCCAAAUGGCAUCACUGAAGCCUCUGGGAAUACAGCUGGCAGCUUAGAGGGGGAGGUUAAGCCACCCGAAGUGAAGGAAAAGCUGCCAAUUAAAAGAUCAAAAGGAAGUUUGGGCAGUUUGAACAUGAUCACAGGGAAUAAUAACGAGCUUGGUAAAACAUCUGGAACAUCUGCCAAUGGAGCAUACUCCAAGAGUGGUGAGAGUGCCAGCGAAGGUACAAGUGAAGGAAGCGAUGCCAAUUCUCAAAAUGACUCACAACCUGAGUUAGGUUCCAGGCAACGCACUUUGGAAGCUGAAGCAUCUCAGAAUGGUAACUCUAUGCAUGUUACUCAAAAUGGGGGGCCUAAUACUCAAGCAAUGGCUGUCAUUCCAUUGGCAGUUGCUGGGGCUCCAGGAGUCGUGCCUGGUCCCACGACCAACUUAAACAUUGGAAUGGACUAUUGGGGUUCAUCCACUAUCCCUGCAUUGCGUGGAAAGGUUCCAUCAACUCCAGGUGCUGGAGGAUUGGUUACUGCUGGAUCUCGGGAUAGCGUACAGUCACAGAUUUGGUUGCAGGACGAGAGAGAGCUUAAAAGACAGAGAAGAAAGCAAUCAAACAGAGAAUCUGCACGACGAUCCCGAUUACGCAAGCAGGCAGAAUGUGAUGAACUAGCACACCGAGCUGAAGCCUUACAAGAAGAAAAUGCCAAUCUCAGGUCUGAAGUGAACCGGAUAAGGAGUGAAUAUGAACAACUACUUUCCGAGAAUGCUUCUUUGAAGGAAAGACUUGGGGAGGUUCCGGGAACUGAAGACGUAAGGGCCAGCAGGAAUGGCCAGCAUUCAAGUAACGAAACCACACAACUUACAGAGUCAGAGGCUGUACAAGGUGGUAACAAGAAUUGAAUGUUCUCUCCCUGCUUUGCUGCCGCAAUUUUUAGGCGCAUAACCUAACUAAUUUCUCAAACAACCCAAAAAGUUUUAGUUCUGAUAGCUUUGCAGUUUGAGUUUUCAUGUAAGCUACUGACCUGUGAUAGUUUUAGGACUGUUUAUUCCUGUGAUCCAUUAUCUUAUCUCUAUGGGUGGGGGGGUGUAUUCUUAACUUGCCAAAGCCCCCAAAAACAUUAGAUAUUUGGUGUGUGAAAUUAUUCUUGUAGCAUUCACACUUCACUUCAGCUUCUGUAUUAAAACCUUCCACAUUAAUUGUUGACUUGGAGAAAUAUUAAUAUACUUGGGCAAGCCUUUUUACUUGUUUGUUCUA